UUAAUUCCUUUACAAAAUCAUCAUGAACAAGUCCAUCAAACUUAGUAUGCUUUCAUCUUCAUCCUUACAAAAAGGAUACCAUUAUGGUGACAAGAUAAGAGAUCUUUGCACCCCCAUAGUUUCUCAAGUUUUCAUACAAGGACUAUUAUUUAUCUUCAUAUUCCAAUUUGGUAUAGUUGGGGGUACAAUCGGAGCCGUAGGAGGAGCAUUGAUCGGGUUCAAGAACAAAAGGAGCUUCGUACUAGAUAUAAUCAUCGGUGUAGCAUCAGGGGCCGUUUUGUCAUAUAAAAUCAUUCGGACAUGCUAUGAUCAUUUCUUGCAUUCUGAUCACGUUGAUGAACAUGAAUGUCUCCUUCACUUGAUUGAUAUUGUUAUAGGUGAUUUGGAAUCAAAACUUCUUCGAGAUCAGGAUCAUAUAUUUCUAAUCACCAAGAUUGCAAGUUGUGAAAAGCUAAUCAAGCUUCCAAAGAUCAAAGUAUCAAACCAUGAUGUGUUUGACGCUUCUGGAAACACAACUUGUUGCUCAAUUUGCCUUCAGGAUUUUGAGGUUGGGAAUUCAGCUGGAAUAUUUCCAAAGUGCGAACACAAAUUUCAUCCCAAAUGCAUAUCCCAAUGGCUUGUUACUCACAAUUCAUGUCCAGUUUGCAGAAGAACCCUAUAAUCGGCACAAAGAAAUACACAUUAAUUCAUAUUCUUUUAAUCUAUUCUUUUUGUUGAUACAUGCA